UACCGUCACAUUGUAGCCAUGGAGAAGGGAAGUUCAACUUGCAGCAGCCACCAGCUGGAGGAGAAGAAGGGAGAUGAUAAUGGCGGAAGCAACAAAACAGUAGCAUUUCACAAGCUUUUCACCUCUGCCGCCGACUCGACAGACGCUCUUCUGAUGACGCUGGGCACGAUUGGCGCCAUGGGGAACGGGCUCGCCAUGCCUCUCAUGUCCAUCUUGUUCGGACAGCUCACCGAUUCUUUCGGACAGAACCAGCAGAGCAGCAGCGCCCAAGUGGUGCAUUUGGUGUCCCAGGUUUCUGUCAGGUUUGUCUACCUGGCAGCUGCUUCUGCUGUGCUGGCUUUCCUCCAGGUGACUUGCUGGAUGGUGACAGGGGAGCGGCAGGCUGCGAGGAUUAGGGUUUUGUAUCUGCAGACUAUAUUGAGACAGGACAUCGCGUUUUUCGACGGGGAGAUGAACACCGCGGAUGCGGCUAUUAGGAUCUCUAAUGACACCAUUCUGAUCCAAGAUGCCAUGGGCGAGAAGGUUGGAAAAUUCAUCCAGCUUCUGGCGACAUUCAUCGGAGGAUUGGUGAUAGCAUUCAUCAAAGGCUGGCUUCUCACCCUUGUUCUGCUAAGCUCCAUCCCUGUGUUUGUCGUAUCUGGUUGGAUCAAGUACUUGGCGAUAGCGAAGAUGCUAUCCCGAGGGCAAACAGCAUAUUCAAAAGCUGCAAAUGUGGUCGACCAGACAAUUGGAUCAAUAAGAACAGUUACAUCAUUUACUGGGGAGAAGCAGGCCAUAGAAAACUACAAUAAGCAUCUCGUUGAUGCUUACAAAUCCGGUGUCAAUGAAGGCUUGGUUACUGGAUUAGCUCAAGGGAUGUUUAUUUUGAUUAUGUUCUGUACCUACUCUAUGGCCAUAUGGUUUGGUGGGAAGAUGGUUCUGGAGAAAGGGUACAGUGGGGGUGAAGUAAUUAGUGUCUUAAAUGCUAUCUUGACCGGUUCAAUUUCAAUUGGGCAAAUUUCCCCUUGCUUGAGUGCUUUUGCAGUAGGUCAAGUAGCAGCAUAUAAGAUGUUCGAAACCAUAAAAAGGAAGCCAGAGAUUGAUGCUUAUGAUUCAAAGGGGAAGGUGUUUGAAGACAUAAGUGGAGAUAUAGAGUUCAAACAUGUGUGCUUCAGUUAUCCAGCAAGACCAGACGAGCAGAUAUUCAAUGGGUUCUCUGUUUCUAUUAAAAGUGGAACGACUGCAGCUCUGGUGGGCCAAAGUGGGAGUGGGAAGUCGACUGUGAUUAGUUUGAUAGAGAGGUUUUAUGACCCACAAGCUGGUGAAGUUCUCAUAGAUGGGAUUAACCUGAAACAGUUUCAGCUCAAGUGGAUCAGAGGGAAAAUUGGGCUUGUUAGCCAAGAGCCUACACUGUUCACAUCAAGCAUUAAGGACAACAUAGCUUAUGGGAAAGAAGGUGCAUCCAUUGAAGAGAUAAGAGCUGCUUCUCAACUAGCAAAUGCUGCUAAAUUCAUCGACAAGCUACCUCAGGGACUAGAUACUAUGGUGGGUGAGCAUGGAACUCAGUUGUCUGGUGGGCAGAAGCAGAGAAUUGCAAUAGCAAGGGCAAUUUUGAAGAACCCAAGAAUCUUGCUUCUCGAUGAAGCAACAAGUGCACUUGAUAUAGAGUCUGAAAAGGUCGUUCAGGAGGCAUUAGACAGGAUCAUGGUGAAUCGAACAACCUUGAUUGUCGCUCAUCGUUUGAGCACUGUUGAAAAUGCUGAUAUGAUUGCGGUCAUCCACCAUGGGAGAUUGGUUGAAAAAGGUUCUCACACUGAGCUACUCAGCGUUUCUAAUGGAGCAUACUCUCAACUCAUACGUUUACAAGAGUUAAAACAAGAACCUCUAAAGGACCACAAGAAACCAGAAACCCUUAAGGAUCGUCACCUUAGCCACUCAUCCUCAUCAGUCUCAUUAGAAGAUAUGAGCAAUACAAAUCAUAGCCAUGAAACCAUACAAGCUUCUCCAACGACAAAACAUGUUUCUCCAACCAUCUCCAUCAAGCGACUUGCACAUCUCAACAAGCCAGAGCUCCCAGUGGUUCUGGCUGCAACUAUUGCAGCUGCAUUACAUGGCGUUGUGCUUCCAAUUUUCAGCCUCUUUAUGGCACGAGCAUUGAAAUCCUUCUACGAGCCACCACACGUGCUGAGACAGGAUACCAAGUUCUGGGCCUCCACUGUCUUAUCCCUUGGCUUCGCAUCCUUGCUGGUGUUUCCAUCACAUACAUACCUGUUCAGUGUCGCCGGGUGCAGACUGAUACAGCGGAUCAGGUCAAUCUGUUUCGAAAAAGUGGUUCACAUGGAGGUCGGUUGGUUCGACGAGCCCAAGAACUCGACCGCCAUCAUUGGUGCUAGACUCUCGGCAGACGCGACAAUGGUCCGAUCCGUGGUUGGUGACAAGCUCAGCAUGGCUGUACAAACCGCUGCUUCUGUGGUCGCUGGUUUGGUGGUCGCCUUUAGCGCGAGCUGGCAGUUGGCCUUCAUUGUGCUUGCUUUAGUUCCUUUAAUAGGUAUCAAUUGGUUCGUACAAGUCCAAUUCUUCAAAGGGUUCAGCGGCAACGCAAAGGUGAUGUAUGAAGAGGCAAGCCAAGUGGCGAGUGAUGGGAUUGGGAGCAUAAGGACAGUGGCGUCUUUCUGUGGAGAAGAGAAGGUGGUUGAGUUGUAUAGAGAGAAAUGCAAAGGCCCCAUCGAGGCAGGGAUCAGGCAGGGUUUGAUUAGUGGGAUUGGAUUCGGGGUGUCCAACUUCUUGUUGUUUGCUUUCUAUGCAAUCAGCUUUUACGCUAGUGCUGGCCUUGUGAACCGUCAGAAAGCCUCAUUUCGUGACGUUUUCCAGAUCUUCUAUGCGCUUAACUUCAUGGCCAUUGCAGUUUCUCAAAUGAGCACUUUUGGGGCUGAUUGGUCCAAGGCCCGAACUGCAGCUGCUUCCAUUUUCGAGAUCAUAGACAGGAGACCGAAAGUGGAUCCAAGUGAACAGUCAGGAGCGACAUUAGGCAUUGUCAAAGGAGACAUCGAACUCAGGCACAUACAUUUCAGCUAUCCAUCGAGACCAGGCGUUGAGAUUUUCAGAGACCUCAGCUUGGCUAUCCAUUCUAACAAGACUGUUGCUCUAGUGGGAGAGAGUGGGAGUGGGAAGUCCACAGUCAUUGCUUUGCUGCAGAGAUUCUACGAUCCAGAUUCAGGUAGCAUAACUCUCGAUGGAGUGGAUAUCCAGACCCUUCGAGUCAAGUGGCUGAGACAACAGAUGGGGCUUGUCAGCCAAGAACCUGUCUUGUUCAACGACACUGUUCGCGCCAACAUCGCGUAUGGGAAGCAAGGAAAUGCUACGGAGUCUGAAAUCCUGUCAGCGUCAGGACUAGCAAAUGCACAUAAUUUCAUCAGUAGUCUGCAACAGGGAUACGACACGAUCGUCGGAGAGCGCGGCAUUCAGCUAUCCGGAGGCCAAAAGCAACGGGUGGCCAUUGCUCGAGCCAUGGUGAAAGACCCAAAGAUACUGCUUCUGGACGAGGCGACUAGCGCAUUGGAUGCAGAAUCGGAAAAGGUGGUUCAAGACGCGCUGGAGAGAGUGAUGGUGAACAGAACCACGGUGGUCGUGGCUCAUCGGCUGUCCACGAUCAAGAACGCCGAUCUAAUCGUAGUUGUGAAAAAUGGGGCAGUUGUGGAGAAAGGAAGGCAUGAAAGUUUGAUGGCAAUCAAAGAUGGAUUCUAUGCUUCUCUAAUCUCACUUCACACUGGUAAUAAUACCUUUAAAGUACUUUAUAUGAAAUUCACUGAUGCAAGAGUUCUUGAUUUAGAGCUUACUUUACAACAUUCUGAAACCAUUGAGAAAAAGCACAUCAUGAUAUUGAAGGACUGUACUCGAGGCGUAGAAGUCGAGGAAGUCCUGAUUGAGGAAUGGCUUGUACCGCAACGGGUGCUCUUCAUCGACAAGUUCCUCAGGUGCUUCAAUAAUCCCCGUCACGAAUGUAAACAACCCUACAACGUAUCUCGUCUCGUCGCCGUCGAUGAACGACCGAUGGUAGCACGAUUGGAUCCUGUCAUUGCUCCAUGCCUUGUAACAAAAUAAUUGACAAACGUACAUCAAUUUUUAUACGAAGGAUGCAUUAAAAUGUUGCUCUGGUAACUUAAAUGGAAAAAAAGGAUGAAGAAGAAGUAGAAUAACCAUGAGGAUAUCGCCGGCUAAGACGGCGAAGGAGGAGGGUGAGGAAGGGCGGUAAGGAAUCCAUUGACCGUCCCUGGACCGGACCUCAAGCCCAUGAACGUGGUUCUGGUGGAGAACGGUGAUGAAGGACUUGUCGAUGUGGGCCUUGAGUCCAAUAUUGGUCUCCACCGUUGGGCUUCUUUCGUACCUCAGAAGUCGCAGGAGAUAGGUGGUGGAGUUGGCGACUGCCUCCUCCUUGUCCUUGCUUAUCCCAUAGCUUUCCACCAUCAUCUUCACCACCAGUUUCUGUACCUCCGCCAUCAUUAACCCGUAACGGUGCACCACCUCACUGAAAUGGGGAUUGCCUUGAGGCCACAUAAGGUUAGUGAACGCCUCACACGCUGCCUUGUCGGUCACGCCAUCGAGCCCCAGCCCUUCGAAAUUCGGCAGCACCGAGUUCUUCCCGGAGUAGCCUUGAGCCAGCCUGGGGCUCUUGUUCCUCAUCUUGGUCUCCCGAGGAAGGCUGAACAGCUCUUCCAUGGCGCCGUGGACCGAGCCGUGAACCUCCUCCGUCGGCUCGACGACGUCGUACACCAGCUCGAACCACCCGUACUCCUCCAGAGCCAGCCUCGUGGCUCUGCAGGCUGAUGUCCAGUCAGCACCUUGCUCCGUCAGCGCGUCUCCACGUAGGCUGAUGACCGGGAUUCUGGGAACCACGCUGGCUGUAGAACCCAUGAUCGAUCUAUGGAAAGCUAGCUGGCUCUCUGUAGGUAAUGUUUGUGCUGGCCGUGGUUUUUGAAAGGGAAGUAAGAGGGUUGGCUACUUGGCUAGAGGCUAAAAUAGAAGGGGAUU